AUGGGGAACGAAACUGACAGAAUAGCUUUGCUUUCUAUAAAGGAUCAGCUUGUCAGUGCUUAUCCAGGAGCUCUGGAUUCAUGGAAUGCUUCUCUCCACUUCUGUUUGUGGCAAGGUGUUACAUGUGGUCAUCGCUACCAAAGGGUCACUGGUCUGGACUUGGAUGGUUUAAAACUAACUAGGUCCUUAUCUCCUUCGAUUGGCAAUUUGACCUUCCUCAGAGGACUCAAUAUGUCUGAUAAUAGAUUGCAAGGUAAUGUACCAAAGGAAGUUGGCUACCUAAGGCGGCUGCGUGUUUUUGAGCUGUUCCAGAAUAAUCUCCAUGGAAGAAUCCCUGUAGAGCUUGCCAAUUGCUUAAACCUCACAAGAAUUGAUUUAACGUAUAAUAACCUGACUGGUCAAGUUCCUUUCCAGUUGGGUCAUUUACCGAAACUCAAUAUCCUCUACUUGGGUGCCAACAAAUUGGUUGGGGGUAUUCCAUCUUCUUUAGGAAACAUUUCAUCAUUGUGGAAGCUCUCGCUUGCUGAUAAUCAUUUGGAGGGAAAUAUCCCUAAUGCUCUGGGCAGGGCCGUAAACUUGAGAAUUCUUCUUCUCGGUGCCAACAGCCUGGCUGGUACUGUUCCUCUGUCAGUUCACAAUCUUUCUUCCUUGGAAAUGUUUGACUUGGCUAUCAACAAUUUCUCAGGGAGUCUUGCAGCUGUAAUAGGUAUUUCUUUUCCAAAUCUUCGAGUUUUUAGUAUUGGAUUUAAUCAAUUAAUUGGAACUAUUCCAAGGUCAAUAUCUAAUAUGUCUAAUCUGGAGACAUUGGAUCUUACUUACAAUAGUUUCAGCGGAUCUGUUCCUAAAGAUUUGGGAAACCUCAAGAAUCUUGAAUGGUUUCACAUAGGCGACAACUACUAUGGAAAUGGGAAGGUAGGAGACUUUGAUUUUCUUUCCUCUUUUUGCAAUUGUAGCCUAUUACAAUUUUUGAAUAUACAGAGUAAUCGAUUAGGUGGCUUAUUGCCACCAUCCAUAGGCAACUUAUCAAUCCAGUUCAGCAUACUUUAUAUAGGAUGGAACUCGAUCUCUGGAAAUAUUCCGGAUGAAAUUGGUAAUCUCAUGGGCCUAAAUCUUCUAGAUAUGAGGAGAACUGCCCUAACGGGUUCCCUUCCAACUUCUAUUGGGAAGCUUCAAAAUCUUGAGAGAUUGCUCAUCAGUUGGAAUAAUUUUUUUGGUGAAAUCUCAUCCUUUAUUGGCAACCUUUCUCGUUUGUUUGAUCUUCUUUUAUAUAGUAAUAAUUUUGAAGGAAGAAUUCCACUUGUCCUUAGAAAUUGCAAAAAUAUGCAAAAUUUGGAUAUUACCGAAAAUAAACUUAGCGGUAGUAUACCAGAUCAACUGUUUGGUGCUCUUACAAAUUUGAUUGUGGUUAACAUGUCUUACAAUUCAUUAACCGGUCCCCUUCCAUCAGAUUUUGGUAAUCUAAAGAACUUGGUAGAAUUAUAUGUUUAUGAAAUUAAAUUGUCUGGUGAAAUUCCAAAGACACUUGGUGAGUGCUCUGAAUUAGCGGCACUUGAUAUGGCAGGAAACUUCUUCCAAGGUAGCAUUCUCUUGUCUUUUGGCUCUUUGAGAGCUCUUGAAUUUUUAAAUCUUUCUCACAAUAAUCUAUCAGGUACCAUACCACAUGAACUAGCAAAACUUCCAUUUUUAAGCAGUUUGAACCUUUCUUUCAAUCACUUCGAGGGUGAAGUUCCGAAAAGAGGGGUUUUCAAUAAAUCUAAUGGAUUUUCAAUUGUGGGAAACAAAAAUCUCUGUGGAGGGAUACCUGAAAUAAAGCUCCCAAAAUGCAUAAAUCCGAAGCCAAGGGAAAAACAAAAUGCUCUAUCGACCAAAGCCAUCAUUAUUUUGAUCCUUGGCAUUCUAGUUGCCUCUAUUUUGGUCGUGUUUCUUUUCAUUUGUUGUUGCAGAAAAAGGUCUGGAAAGAACUUUGUCCCUGCCGCUUUGUUGGGUGAUAGCUACUUGCGAGUAUCCUACAAAGAGCUUCUGCAAGCAACUGGUGGCUUUUCAUCUUCCAACUUGAUUGGUUUGGGAAGUUUUGGCUCUGUGUAUAAAGGAGUUUUUCAUCGGCAAGAAAAACCUGUUGCAGUGAAGGUACUAAACCUUCAAAACCGUGGCGCUGCAAAGAGCUUCACGGUUGAAUGCAAGGCUUUGAGGAAAGUUCGAUAUCGGAAUCUUCUCAAAAUUAUAACUUCCUGCUCAAGCAUUGAUUACCAAGGCAAUGAUUUCAAGGCUUUAGUUUUCGAAUUCAUCCCUAAGGGUAGUUUGGACAGUUGGCUUCAUGAGCAACAUGAGUCAAGGUAUUUGAACUUUGUUCAAAGGUUAGACAUAGCCAUAGAUGUAGCCAACGCAAUAGAUUACCUUCAUCAUAAUUUUGAGGUGGUAAUUGUCCACUGUGAUCUAAAGCCUUCCAAUGUUCUUCUUGAUGAUGACAUGGUUGCACAUGUCACCGAUUUUGGAUUGGCUAAGCUCUUGUCUACAGACACAGACACUAUGGGUAUUGAUCGAGCAAGUUCCUCAACGAUGAAAGGAACAAUUGGUUAUGUUCCCUCAGGUAAAAAUUUAUAA